UCUCUCUCCCCCCUCCUUCCCUCCUUCACGUCCCCCUUCCUCAUCUCUAUGUAAAUAUCAGAUUAAUCUCAAAUUUGUGAUGCAGAGUUUCGCAUAAUAAUAGAAAUGUCUUUUAUUGUUUAUUUUCUGCAGACAAUUAAGCUGCAAAUGAUUGACAAAUCAUUUCUGCUAUUUUUUCUCUACUUUUAAAAAGACAAAAAAUCUUCUAGCUUCCUCUUGUAGUUAUGACUUAAGAAUUUAAAUCUCUCCAGACAGAUCAAAACUGUGACCAUUUUGGAGCGUUGAACUUUUGGAGAGUCACAAUCUCAGAUCUAUGACCUUAUAAUUAAUUAUAUGUAAGGGUUGAAAACAACUUCUAGAGCAUGUUAUGAAGCAUAGAACAUUUGGAUGCAGAAGAAGAUGCUCGAAGAAGCUAAUUUUUAUUUUUUAAAUAUUUAAAAGCUGUAAUUUUUUAUGUUUUGACCUUUUGCGGUAAAAAUAUCAUGUUAAUUAAUCCCUAAAUACUCUUUUUGGCCUUUGUGGAGUUAGUCCCCAACAUGCAUUUGAGUCCAUCUCCCUUAUUUGUGCUUGUGUUGCCCUGAUUUCAUUGAUUAAAAGUGUUGGUUGGCAUACAUGUUACAACACAAUAGUUAUCAUACCGGUGCCUUACUAGCAUGCGACACUAGGAUGGUCCUAGCUAUCUAUUAGUGCUUGACAUGCUACCAUGCCAGUGUGUGCCAAGCAUUGCACGGAAUGAUAUGAUGAUACGUACUCAUGCAGACACGCCACACAGCAUCUGAUAUUGCACUCCUUUCUUGAUUUUAACACUAUGAGCCUAUGACUAUAUACGUAAACAUAGAAUGCAAAAAGAACACACAUACAUACAUACAAGAACUUAUUAUACUUCAAUCAGUUGUUUCCUUAACUUGGGUUGCUAUGCUUCUGUUAAAAGAAUUAAAUUCUUAAGUAUUUUCUAUGAGAAGUUUAAUUGGACGUGCUAUCUCUUCUUCUAAUUUUUUUAACAUUAAGGAGUCAAAUAGUAGCAAGCAACCGUGUGAACCAUUGCCAGGCCAAAAUGAGAUCUCAGAAGCAAUGGAUGUGCGCACUAAGCGAGGUUUGAGGCACUUUGGUGAAAAGAAGAUGCAUGAACAGAUUGAUGUUCCUCAAAUAUCAUUGGAACUCUUAAGUGCCAUUAGCAGGUCAGAUUUUCCUACUGAAAGAUCAUACACACAGUGGCAGAAGAGACAGGCAAAUAUUCUAGAAGAACUACUUAUGACUUCUGUUGAUUUUGUUUCUGACGUACAUGCAGCACUUAGCAUGCUUCUCUCAAAGCUUAGAAAUAUAGAGGAAUGGGUUUUAAAUACAAGUCCUGAUGGACGUGCUGAGAUUCUGACAGAUAUUAAACAAUAUGCUUCAAAAUUUUCAAAUAUGCCUAGAAAGUUUGGUAUUCGAAACGAAACCUAUUAUUGGACUAGUAGUUUCCAUUUUAAUAUUAAUCUGUAUGAGAAGUUACUCUGCAGUAUCUUUGAUGUUCUGGAAGAUGGUCAGAUUGUAGAGGAAGCGGAGGAAAUUAUUGCUGUUCUUAAAUUGACUUGGUCUACGUUAGGUAUUAUUCAAAAGAUGCACAAUGCAUUAUAUGCCUGGGUGCUUUUCCGGCAGUUUGUUAGGACAGGUGAGGCAAGACUUUUGAGAUAUGCAGUUGUUGAGGUGCAGAAAGUUGUAUCAGGUAAAGAUGGUGAGGGAAUUGAAGAAGCAUAUAUGAGCAGUCUUAUUUGUUCGGUUGACGCCUAUGGCAGUACAAGGCUUCUGAAUUUGGUUGAUGCUGUUCUGUUUGAUAUCAGUAAGUGGUGUCACAAUCAACUAGAGGACUACCAUUUGCAUUUUAGUCAGGACAAAUCUGCUAUGUUUGAAAGCGUCCUGACAUUGGCGAUACUUUGUGGGUCUUGUUUUGCUGAUGAAUUUGCAGAAAUCAAGUACAUUAUACCUAUGGCUGGAGAUGGGACAGCAUCUAUCUUAGCACAUUCAUUCAUUGAGAAGUCCAUUCAAGCUGCAUAUAAACGGGUCCAUAAUGUCUGGGAUGCGAAAGCUAAGUUGGAAGGGAAGCAUCCCCUCACCAUGCUUGCUGAUGAAUUAAAGUUAAUUGCUGAGAAAGAAUGCACAACAUUUCUUCCUUUGUUGUGCCGACAAUAUCCUGAUGCUGGAAUUCUUGCUUCUGUACUCCUGCAUCAGUUAUAUGGGGAACAACUGGCUCCAUUCUUGGAAGGUGUCUCACAGUUUUCAGAGAGUGUAAGAGAAGUACUUGCAGCAGCUGAUCGUUUAGAACGUUAUCUUUUUCACAUAGUCCGUUCUGUACGAAAUUGUGUGGGAUCUCCGAUUAUCAAUUAUUUACAUCCAUAUCAGUAUCUCUCUACACAGAUACAGCAAAUUUGUGCACCACUUAUUCUUCAAUGGUUACAUACUCAACACGACAUCAUCUUGGAGUGGACAAAACGUGCUAUCCAGAUAGAGGAUUGGGAGCCUUUAUCAUCUCAACAAAGGCAAACAACAUCCAUAAUUGAAGUCUUUCGAAUAAUUGAAGAGAUUGUUGAUCAAUUCUUUAACUUAAACCUUCCUAUGGAUACGAUCCAUUUGCGAUCUUUACUCAUUGGAAUUGUUCGGAGCCUUGAUUCUUAUUUGCAAUACAUGGUCAAUCAGCAAGUCGACAAGCGUAUGUUAUAUCCUAGCCCACCAGCUUUAACACGGUAUAAAGAGUCAAUUAAUCCUUUCACAAAGAAAAGGUCUGCAGAGCAUGCAUUUAUUGAGGAGAAAAUAGCCAGACAGUUAAAUGAUUUGACAGUACUAAAACUUUGUGUUAAACUUAACACUCUGCAUUACGUACGAGAUCAACUUGAUACACUAGAAGAUUCUGUAAAGCAAUCUUGGGAACUUGCUCAAUCAGGUCAAACUUUUGGAGCUGCUGAGCAAGAUUUAUCCAUAUCUAGUGAACCAGUUGACGAACUAUUUACUAUUUUCGAUGACAUCAGAAGAAGUGCAGUAGAUGCAAGUGAUACAAUUACUGACUUCAUUGGAGCAAGGGUCAUAUUUUGGGACAUGAGAGAUUCUUUUCUUUUCUCAUUAUAUCAAGGCAGCGUUGAAAGUGCUCGCUUCGAAAUUUUUAUCCCAUUACUUGAUGGAGUUCUUGACUACAUAUGUGAUCUAAUCAUCGAUACACUUAGGGAUCAAGUUGUUUCAAGCAUUUGUCAAGCAUCAAUGGUAUUGGAGGGCUAUGUGUGGGUAUUGUUGGAUGGAGGCCCAUCCCGUGUGUUUUCUGACUCUGAUGUGACAAUGAUGCAAGAAGAUUUAAAUGUCUUGAAGGAUUUUUUUAUAGCAAAUGGACAAGGCCUCCCUCAUGUUAUAGUUGAGAAGGACGCAAGAUUAGCUCAACAGAUCAUAGACUUGUAUUCCCUGAAGGCCAGUACCAUUAUUGAAAUGUUGAUGAGUGCAAGUGAACAUGUCUCCUAUUAUCCCGAAUCUAAAAAACCUGGACAAAGAUGUGCAAAUGAUGCUGAAACAUUACUUCGAGUUUUAUGUCAUAAGAAGGAUGAAGUAGCCUCUAGGUUCCUAAAAGUGCAUUAUAAGCUUCCCAAGUCUUCAGACUAUGAAGAUGUUCUUGGAAAGGAGCCAGCAUUAAAAUCUUCCCUUAUAGAAGACAUGCUCAAAAGCAACACUUCGUUCAACUGGACAGAAAAGGGCCAGAGAGGCUUUAGGAUGAUGAAGAAGAAAUUUCAGGAAGCAACAUCUGAAAUCCGGCAUGCACCUUGGUAAGCAAUUGCUACUGGUUUUCAUUUGCUUAUACAGAUCCAGUUAAAAUUGUCAGAAUGGUGAAAAUGAAAGAGAGUUUUCUUCUUUCUGGGUUUUUUUCUGAUUGUUUUCGAAUAAUGAUUAGAAAUAUCAGGUUCUGUAUAUUAGUUUUUUUUUUUUUUUAGUUAAUACCAGUCUUUUGUUAGAUCAUUUGACCAAACAUUUUCAACUUUCAGAAUAAUUUGAAUAUCUGAGAGAAGUCAGAACAAUUAUCAUGUUUUAGUCAAAUUGUUUGUUUUUAUCAGUUCAGGCUGUUCAGCGUUGUUUAUCAUAGAUAUAAAAUUAUGAGAAUGGCUUUUUUC